UCUGCCUAGCUUGCUAGCGGGUGGGAGGGAAGGGAACGCAGGUAGCUAUUCUCUCGUAAGCGCUGCCUCUGCAUGCACCGCGGGCGAUAGCGAUUGUGCAACCGAGCUGCCGUUACGGGGAGUAGAAUGUGUAGAAUGUGCUCUGAAGAACAAAGGGCCGGCCCCUAGCACGCAGGCUACGAGCGAGUCGUGGAGGAACGAGUCUCGGAGAAAUAGGGGAGCUAGACUUAAAUCAUCGACGCGCGACGCUUGGACGCGCGACGCUUAGAGGCGCGACACCUUGAGGAGCGAGACUUAGCGAGACUGCUAGUCUGAUUGCGGGGCUACAUCUGCGGUUGUGGCGGGAAAGAAAACCGGGGAGGUAGAGGUUGGCGGCAGGAAGAGCCGGGAGGAGGGCGGGAGAGAGAGAGGGAGGGAGAGGGAGAGCGGGAGUGUGUGCAUGGUGUGCGAGGCGAGCGAGGCAGCAGCAGCAGCAGCAGCGAGUGAGGGAGCAUGGCGGCGGGGGUGUUGCGCAGUUUGGACCAGGCGCGCACGCAGCUGUACCACUUCACCGCCAUCGUCAUCGCAGGACUCGGAUUCUUCACCGAUGCCUACGACCUCUUCUGCAUAUCGGGCGUGGCGCCUCUGCUGGGGCGCAUCUACUACUACAACCCCGCCAUGGACACACCGGGCCACCUGCCGGCUGCGGUCAACUCAGUGGUCACGGGGAUCGCGCUAGUGGGGGCAUUCUUCGGCAUGCUCUUUUUCGGUCGGCUGGGCGAUCGCUGGGGGCGCAAGCGAGUGUACGGCAUCACGCUCAUCAUCAUGAUGCUGGCAGCCGUGGGGCAGUCGCUCUCCUUCGGCUCCUCGCCCACGGCUGUCAUCGCCACUCUCUGCUUCUUCCGCUUCUGGCUCGGCUUCGGCGUGGGGGGGGACUACCCUCUCUCAGCUGUCAUCAUGUCAGAGUAUGCCAACACUAAGACGCGAGGAGGCUUCAUUGCUGCUGUCUUCGCCAUGCAGGGCAUGGGCAUACUAGCAGCGGCGCUCUUCACCAUGGCCAUCGGCUCCAUCUUCAACGCCGCCUUCCCCUCGCCGCCCUUUGACGAGGGUGCUACCGCCUCCGUGCCCCCCGAGGCCGAUUUCGCGUGGCGCAUCGUGCUGGCGGCGGGGGCCGUGCCCGCCGCACUCACCUUCUACUUCCGCAUGACGAUGCCCGAGACGCCCCGGUUCACGGCGCUCGUGCAGCGGAACGCGAAACAGGCAGCCAGAGACAUGGGGCAGGUGCUGCACUCCGCCUUUGAAGAGGCGGACGUGGAGAUCGAGCUGGCCACAGCCCCCCUGCGCACGUACAGCCUGCUCUCGCGCGAGUUUCUGCAGCACCACGGGGUGCACCUGCUGGCCACUGCGGCGUGCUGGUUCCUGGUGGACGUGGCGUACUACUCGCAGAACCUGUUCAAUCGGGACCUGUUCACGGCUAUUGGGUGGGUGGCGCCGCCCUACAGCAUGAACGCGCUCAAGGAGAUGUACGAGCUCUCCAAGGCCACGGCUCUCAUGACCCUGUGCGCCACUCUCCCCGGCUACUGGGUAACCGUGUUCACAGUGGACAAGCUCGGCCGGGUCUUUGUGCAGCUGCAGGGCUUCUUCUUCAUGACCAUCUUCAUGGGCCUCUUCGCCGGCUUCUACCCUAUCCUCCACGGGGACCCCUGCACCCUCCCCUGCACACCCACCCCCACCGCCCCGUGCCCGGACCCCCCACUCGAGGACCCAAGUCACACCACCUGCGGGGGAAAUCCGAUCGCGCUGCUAUGUCUCUACGCGCUCACCUUCUUCUUUGCGAAUUUCGGGCCCAACAGCACCACGUUUAUCAUUCCUGCGGAGCUCUUUCCCGCCCGCUUCCGCUCCACCUGCCAUGGUAUCAGCUCGGCAGCAGGGAAGCUGGGCGCGAUCGUGGGGUCGUUCGGGUUCGUGUACGCGUCGCAGGAGGCUGCAUCGCACGAGGCAGCGUACGAAGCAACCAGUUCGAAUUUCGGGUAUCCGCCGGGGAUUGGCGUGCAGAAUACCAUGUAUAUUCUCAUGGCUUCUGCUGCCGUGGGGUUUCUGUGCACUUUCCUGCUGCCGGAAACGAAGCAGCGUUCGUUAGAGGAGAUUUCGGGGGAGAUGGUAGAGAGUGACGAGGAGGAGGAGGAGGAGGAGGAGGAGGAGGAGGAUGAGGAUGAAAGAGGUGAGUACCCAGAGCAGGAGAUAGAGGCUUCACACGGGGUAAUGUUGGGGUAUAGAUGUGAGGAGCAGGAGGAAGGGGAGGAGGGGGAGGAGGAGGAUGAGGAGUUAACAUUGGAGGAGUUAGGGCUCGGGGGGCUGGUUCUAGAGGAGCGCGCGGAGGACGAGGAGGGGCAUAUGCCAGUGGGAGAGGUGUGCAUGGGUGGGUUGGAGUUACCAGGUGGGAGCAUGCAUGUGUAUGAAGGUGUGGAUGUACAUAGGAUCUAUGAUUGGUCCUUCAGUGGUCACAGAAGGUGAGGUGAACGAACUCAGGGCAAUAUAACUCUUAUCUUAUCCUUGAAUGGUAAUGAUUUGUUAUGUAUAGUAGACGCUUUCCUCCUUGUCCCUGGUUUGGCAUUGUGCGUCGUUUUUCAAUAUUAAAAUUUAGCAUGUCAA